CGCAGCGGAGCAGAGACCCAUCGAGCUGCUCUGGAUGGAUUGUGCCGCCAAGCGCGGCGCGUGUAGAGUGUAGAGCGCAGAGCACAGAGCAGAGCGCUUCGAGCGCAGCAGUUAGCAGGGAGCGGGGCGGUGAGUCGAGGGGUUCCGGCAUCGCCAGGUCCUGCCACAGGGGAUGGGGGGGGGACGCGGCCAGAGAUCCCCCCCACCCGCUCCAGCAAUCCCGAUUGGCUGAAGCACCCACGUCCUGGAGCGGAGUGGGGGGGGGGGGUGUCGUGGCACGGGGUCUCGGCCACUGGAGGAACUCUCCGUAAUGUUGGUGGCAGUGAGACGGGGGCUCCUGCUCCCGCUCCUGGCUGUGCUGCUCAGCGGACCUCUGGACACGCACCAGGCCAAGGCACAGGGCAGGCUGCGCGGCAAGGGGGGGUCCCGCCUGCGCCAGGAGGACUCCCCUCCCCGCAUCGUGGAGCACCCCUCCGACCUGAUCGUGUCCAAGGGGGAGCCGGCCACCCUCAACUGCAAGGCGGAGGGCCGGCCGGCACCCACAGUGGAGUGGUACAAGGACGGCGAGCGCGUGGAGACGGACCGGGAGAACCCGCGCUCACACCGCAUGCUGCUGCCCAGCGGCUCGCUCUUCUUCCUGCGCAUCGUGCACGGCCGCCGCAGCAAGCCAGACGACGGCAGCUACGUCUGCGUGGCCCGCAACUACCUGGGCGAGGCGGCCAGCCGCAACGCCUCGCUGGAGGUGGCCAUUCUGCGUGACGACUUCAGGCAGAACCCUUCGGACGUGAUGGUGGCAGUGGGGGAGACAGCCGUUUUGGAGUGCCAGCCCCCCCGGGGGCACCCAGAACCCACCACGUACUGGAAGAAAGACAAGGUGCGCAUGGAGGAUAAGGACGACAGAGUCACGAUCCGUGGGGGGAAGGUGACGAUCACCGGCGCCAGGCGUAGCGACUCUGGAAUGUACACCUGCAUGGCCGUCAACAUGGUGGGCGAGCGGGAGAGCGAGGCAGCCCAGCUGUCCGUGUUCGAGAGGCCCAGUUUCCUGCGGCGGCCGACCAAUCAGGUGGUGCUGGUGGAGGAGACUGUAGAGCUGCGGUGCCAGGUGCAAGGCGACCCACUGCCCACGGUGCGCUGGAAGAAGGACGACACCGAGGUGCCACGCGGCAGGUCCGUGCAGUGCUGA